AUGGUCCUUGGAAGACGGAUUGUUGGAAACGGACUGGAUGCGGCAUUGAUUCGAAACUCAUUCCCUGUUGGGGCUCAGUCUUUGUUUGGGGUUGAGAUCUUCAGUGAUCCUCGACUCGGCCACUUUUCGGGACGCACAUCCCUCGGAUAUCUCGCAAACUUCGAUCACAUGGUAACCAAACUAGAUGUCGAUCCCAAUGUGCUCCCCCGAAACAUCCCCGAUAUCAUGCUUCUUUUGACAAGCACGCGUGUUGAGAGCAAUAAUGGGAUCCUCCCGUUGAGCUAUUGA